GAGGGCAUCGUUUACGCCGUAGAAUUCUCUCAUAGAUCAGGACGCGAUCUGAUUAAUGUUGCAAAGAAACGUACAAAUGUAAUCCCAAUUAUCGAAGAUGCACGUCAUCCGCAAAAAUAUCGAAUGUUAGUUAAUAUGGUUGACGUUAUUUUUGCUGACGUGGCACAACCAGACCAAGCUCGUAUUAUCGCAUUGAAUGCCCAUCAUUUCCUCAAAAAUAAUGGAAAUAUUGUCAUAUCGAUCAAGGCAAAUUGCAUCGAUUCAACAGUGGAUGCAGAAACAGUUUUCGCAAGAGAAGUGAAGAAGCUGCAAGAAGAAUAUAUAAAACCCCAAGAACAGCUAUCAUUGGAACCUUAUGAAAGAGAUCAUGCGAUU